CUCAUCCCUGGGGUUGGACAGGGUCUGGGCCGCCCCAUGUGGCGGCAGAGGUGGGAGAGGGGCUGGUCUUUGGUAGAGGACUAGGUGGGUAGGGAGAAGGGGAGGUGUGCAGAGGGUUUAGGCCCCUAGCUGCACCUGUGCGGAGAGAUCUUGGUACUUGGUUUGGUUCAACAAGUGUCGGCAGGUCUGAGGAGCUGGCCAGCAUAGUGAAGGGCUGGCCCGGGGGAGCUGGGGGAGUAGCCCCAUGGAUACACCUGCACCAGGAGCAAAUCCUGGAGAGUAGGGGAGCCCGAGCCAUGGACACACAGUGAGGAUCCUAGUUGUCAAGGAAGGAAGGCUUCUUGAAGGAGGCAAAAACCUGGAAGGCCUUGAAUAACAGGAGUGUGGUCAGUAAGGCCACCUAGAGGGAAGGAAGGGGCCUAGAUAUAUAUAUACCCACACGUUUCUUCCUUUCUAGGUAGGCUUCUUGGAUUUGGGACUUUUGUGGAGAGUUUUAACAGUUUCCAAACUUUGCUGCUGCUUUCUGUUCUCAUAGAGGGUGUUUUGUCAUCCUCAGUUCUGAGUGUCGGCAGUGCUGUGUCCUAGGGUGCAGGGCCGCAAGGGAAGUAAGGGUCUGGGAUGCCCUGGGGGCUUCUGUUGAUGAGGCUGCUUACCUGACCCUCUGUGGCUUCUGACCUGGGAUCGGAUGCCAGGAAGCGGGCAGAGUGAGUUUCAGUGGGCUGGCAGGCUGGGAAGAGGAGAGAGGAGAGCGUGUGGGUCUGGGGGAGUGUGCCCAGCACCUAGCUGCCUGGUGAGGCAGAAGGAACCUGGUGCCUGAGUGACUGAAGUCUGUUUUCCCGAAUGAUUCUGUUCUGGAUUCUGUGUUGGGGUAUGUGGGGUGUCUGUUUGUGCGAGGCUGUGAUUCCAUCUGCAGAAUGACUGCUGACCUCCAGUGCUGCUGAGCCUUUCCCUUCUCUGGUCAUCAGCAGGUGCAUUUUGGAGGAAAAGGGACUUCAGGUGACAGCCUCUUUGAAGGCAGAGACUCCAUAGUGCUUCUGGGAUGGGUUCCAUUUUGAAGGACCCCAAAGAGUGGUCAGUCUGUUGUGGAACGUGGCAGUGGGGCCAGAAUACCGAGGGUUUUGUUUUUUGUUUUUGUUUUUAGUGAGCUCUGUGCACAACAUAGGGCUUGCACUCACAACCCCAAGAUCGAGAGUCGCGUGCUCUACUGACUGAGCCAGCCAGGUGCCCCUGAGUUUUUAAAAUCUCAUGUUAUCAUGUUGAUUACAGACUUUAGAGCCGUUUCCUUAAUAAAUAUUUGAGUGCUCGCUCUGUGCCUGGCACGGGGUGGGGUGGGGGGAGUGUUCAGAGAUGAGCAGAGGGAACUUCGCCUUCCUGCAGUGGACUGUGUGCUUAGGGAGACAGGCACUGAGUAGACAGUUCUGUAAAUAUAUAAAAGUGAGGCGCCGUGAGGGCAGAGUUCAGAGAACUGUGUGAAGCGGGACCCAGGAGGCUACUUCCAGAGGAUCAGUGAAGAAGAGGGGAAGUGAGAGCCGGGGAAAGGGAAUGGCAUGUGCAAAGGUCCGGAGGUGGGACCAGCAUGGGGCCACUGUAUUCCCAAGCCUUGGGGUUUUCUUCUUUUGUGAGUGGGUCCUCGGGUACAGCAGACUGGCCUGUGGGAGUCUGCUCUGGAUGGUGGCCAGGCAGAAGGCAGCUCUGCUGGGCUUGGUGUGCUGUCUGAGUUCAGUGUGGAUUUGUAGCCCGAGGCCUGGGUGAGAAAAGCCCUCCUGUGGGCCUGAGGUGGGUGGUGGUUGGGAAACCUUUGCUGAGCACACUCUCAGUGCCCUGAGUGCCGGGGAGGGCUCUGCCGUCCCGGAAGUGGCUGGCGUUACCCACGGCACACGUUUCUACACCUGGGCACCCUCACGUGCCCAAAGAACCGUGGAGACCGAGGAGGUUGGUUUGGGGGAGCGUCUGGAGGCUGGGGUGGCCUGUAGAGGCAUAGCUCUUCACCUGUGACCUUGGAUUCGGUGCCUGUGAAUCUGCAAUCUAGUCAGCUAGAGGGGAGCGUGAGGGGCAGGACAGAGGUGGCCUCUGGGUGCCCACACAUCCCAGCCCCUGGACCUGGGCCUUGGUCUCUGGAAGGCUCUCAUGGGUGCACCGAGGCACCUGCUCUGAAAGUGUGGGCGUGUAAAGCCGCGGCAGCUCAGAGUGGUGCCGAGAACCAGUGCGUGCUGCCUCGUUAGUAGAAAAGCGAGGGGUUGUGGAAUGAGAGCUCGUCACUGAGCGGUUUCCCUGUGGAUACCUGGUGUUCUGAGCCGCUCUCGUGACCCUGCACGUCUCCAUGUGGGGCGCCCCUGUCCUGUUGGAGGGGUUCCACGGCAGAUGCUGUCCACUGCUGGAGCCCGACGAGCUGCGCUGGGCCCACCUGCCCCACGUGGCCCGAUGUUGCAGGAUCCUUCUGGCGGUCGUGCCGUCAUCCCAGGGUGCUGGGGUUGCUGUGUUUGCGGUGGGCUCAGAUCACUUUGGGAGUGGCCCACUUUAGGUCUGAAACGCUGAUGGGGCUGGGGCUGGGGGGUAGGCUCCUCAAGUUGUCACUCAAGAAGGAGUCCCAGAAACCGACCUGUCAAAAUGGUGACUCUGUCCUGCCCUUGGGUCUCCACAGGCUGGUGGAGGGCGUGCACCUGGGAGGGAGUCGCCCCCCCCCCCCCCCCCCGAGCCCUCGGGUCUGGGCCGUGCCACCGCGUGGCUCUGUCUUCGGAGCACCUGGGCUGAGGCAGCUGUGACGCUGGUGUGAGUGGCACCUUGGAAGCCACUGGGCCUUUGACAGUUCCCUCCUGGGAUUCUCUGAGCCUUAAACUUGAAGAGCCGUUAAAGGGCAUUUUAGGUUGUAUCUGCUGGUCCGGCGAUGAAGCAAGUCUCCACGAGCUGCUGAACUUUUCCUGAAUGCCCUGGAUGGAGUGAGGGGCCAGGGAGACGCAGGGGGCAGCACAGACCCACGACGUCUUGUGUCGCUGCCUCUGGCAAAUAGGAGCCCGACCUGCCGGCCUUCCAGGCCGUGGCGAAUGAGCCCGCCAGUCUUACCUGUCACCCCUGCCCGAGCCCGGGCCUCUCCUCCCGCACCCCUGCUGGCACAGUGUCGGUGUGCAGAGGCCGAGCUGAGGCUUUCCUCCGGAGAAGAUGGCAGCUCUUCGUACGACCCCGGACUCACCAGCCACGCAGCUGGCGAAGGCGGAGGAUGGGUUGGGAUGUGGUCCUGCUCAGGAGGAAGAAGAGGAAGAAGAAAAGGGGGAAGAGGUGGAGCUGGAGGAGGAGGAGGAGGAGGAGCUCCUAGCGGAGGACGGGGAGGACCAGGCGGUGGUGGAGGAGGAAGAGGAGGAGGGGGGGCAGGCAGGGCACGUGGAGCAGGUGGAGGUGGAGGUGGAGGCGGACGAGGACGAGGUGGUGGCAGAGGAGCAGAGUCCCACGUUGGGGACCCAGGGACGCCUUCGCCGUGCCGGUGAUGCCAAGUCCCCAGUUCUUCAGGAAAAGGCCUUGCAGGCCAGCCGGGCUCCAGCCACACCUAGGGAUGAGGACCUGGAUGAGGACGAGGAGGACGAGGACGAGGAGGAGGAGGACGAGGAAGAUGAUGACGAUUCCCUGACAGCUGGGUCUCAGGGGCUGGUCACCUUUGAAGACGUGGCUGUGUAUUUCUCGCUGGAGGAGUGGGAGAGGCUGGACGCAGGCGAGCGGGACCUUUACAAGGAUGUCAUGCAGGAGAACUAUGGGAUCCUGGUGUCCUUGGGAUACCCAAUCCCCAAGCCGGAUCUGAUCUUCCGGCUGGAACAAGGGGAGGAGCCCUGGGUCCCAGAUAGCCCCCGUCCUGAGGAAGGAGACAUUGUCACUGGCGUCUACACAGGGGCCUGGUUCUGGACCGACGAUAUAGAGGACCACGAGGAGGAGGAGGACGAGGACUUCCUGGCGGAGGUGGCCGAGGAGGAGAACGAGCCCCCGGGGCUCUGGUCAGCAGCUUAUGGCGUGGGGGACGUACCUGGGACAUGGGGCCCCGAUGACUCGGAUUCGGCGCAGACUCCGGAGGGUUGGGGUCCCGACCCCGGGGGCCUCGGGGUUGUGGCCGAGGGGUCCGAGGCGAAGCCUUUCCUGCCGGGCCGGGAGCCUGGCGCGAACCUGCUGGCACCCUGGGCGUUCCCUGCCACCGUGGCUGCUCCGGCAGGGCGGCCCGAGACCACGUGCGACGUGUGCGGCAAAGUGUUCCCGCACCGGUCCCGGCUGGCCAAGCACCAGCGCUACCACGCGGCCGUCAAGCCCUUCGGCUGCGACGAGUGCGGCAAGGGCUUCGUGUACCGCUCGCACCUGGCCAUCCACCAGCGCACGCACACCGGAGAGAAGCCCUUCCCGUGCCCGGACUGCGGCAAGCGCUUCGUCUACAAGUCGCACCUGGUCACGCACCGGCGCAUCCACACGGGCGAGCGGCCCUACCGCUGCGCCUUCUGCGGUGCGGGCUUCGGGCGCCGCUCCUACCUGGUCACGCACCAGCGCACGCACACCGGAGAGCGGCCCUACCCGUGUCCGCACUGCGGCCGCAGCUUCAGCCAGAGCUCGGCGCUUGCGCGGCACCAGGCGGUGCACACGGCCGACCGGCCGCACUGCUGCCCCGACUGCGGCCAGGCCUUCCGCCUGCGCGCCGACUUCCAGCGCCACCGGCGCGGCGGCGGUUGCACGGAGCCCGGCGGCGAAGGCCCUCGGCGGGAGGCCUGCGACGCGGUCCCUGCGGCGGGGCCCGAGGAGGCCGAGGCCGGGCCUGAGGGGCCGGAGGAGGCCGAGGCCGGCGAAGCGGACGGAGAGGCCGAGGUGGAGGCGAGAGAGGAGGCGGCGGCGGUGGGGCCCACCCCCGGGAGCAAGGAGGACCCCGAGCCGGACAGGCGGUUCCUCGAGGUGGGCAACGGCCUGGGGGAGGGCGAAGGCCCUUCCUCGCACCCCCUCGGCUUCCACUUUCCCGUGCACCCUAAGUCCUGGCUCCACCCGGACGGCUUCCCGAUCCUGGGCCUCCCGGACUUCGGGGACCGGCUGCCGGCCGACGGGCGCCCCCUGCCGGGACCCCUGGGGGGCCGGCUCGCCCUGGUGGAGGGCGCGGGGCUGGCCUGCGACCCCUUCGGCGGCGGCGGACCGGGGGGCGGCGGCGGCGGCGGGCUCCGCGCGUUCGCGCCGGCCGUCGGGGGGCUGCUGGCCGAGCCUGCGCCUGCCGCGCUGGCCGAGGAGGAGAGCCCGUGGAUCUGCUCCGACUGCGGCAAGACGUUCGGGCGCCGCGCGGCGCUGGCCAAGCACCAGCGCUACCACGCGGGCGAGCGGCCGCACCGCUGCGCGGACUGCGGCAAGAGCUUCGUGUACGGCUCGCACCUGGCGCGCCACCGCCGCACGCACACGGGCGAGCGGCCCUUCCCUUGCCCCGAGUGCGGCGCGCGCUUCGCCCGCGGCUCGCACCUGGCGGCGCACGUGCGCGGCCACACGGGCGAGAAGCCUUUCGUGUGCGGCGUGUGCGGCGCGGGCUUCAGCCGGCGCGCGCACCUGACGGCGCACGGGCGCGCGCACACGGGCGAGCGGCCCUACGCGUGCGGCGAGUGCGGCCGCCGCUUCGGGCAGAGCGCGGCGCUGACGCGGCACCAGUGGGCGCACGCCGAGGAGAAGCCGCACCGCUGCCCCGACUGCGGCAAGGGCUUCGGCCACAGCUCAGACUUCAAGCGGCACCGGCGCACGCACACGGGCGAGAAGCCCUUCCGCUGCACCGACUGCGGCCGCGGCUUCGCGCAGCGCUCCAACCUGGCCAAGCACCGGCGCGGCCACACGGGCGAGCGGCCCUUCCCGUGCCCCGAGUGCGGCAAGCGCUUCUCGCAGCGCUCGGUGCUCGUCACGCACCAGCGCACGCACACGGGCGAGCGGCCGUACGCCUGCGCCAACUGCGGCCGCCGCUUCUCGCAGAGCUCGCACCUGCUCACCCACAUGAAGACGCACCGCAGCGCGGCCGGCGCCGCCGGCUCGGCGGCCGCGGCCCCCGCGUCCAAGGCCGAGGCGCCCGCCAAGGGGCCGCCGGGCGCGGGCAGCGGGCCCGGGGAGCGCGGCAGCACCCUGCUGGAGUUCGCGGGCGGAACGAGCUUCGGCUCCGAGCCCGCGGCCGCCUUCGCGGGGCCCUCGGGCGCCUACGAGGAGAGCAUCCUGUGAUGGCCCGAGGCUGACGGAGGCGCAGCCCGCUGGGCCGCCGGCCCCUUGCUCCUCUGUCCUUGGGGUGCUGAGGGCCCCAGUCCUGGUGCGGUGCCUUCCCCUCAGCCCCCGGCGCACCGCCCCACCCGCCCCCGCCCGGCCUCGGGCGCCCCUCCUGCCCCGCCCCGGGGAAACCGGGCCGCCGAGCCCGUCCGGCCGUACAGGGGGCGCGCGGGGAGAGGAGAGCCGCGCGCGCGGAGGAGGCGAGGGCAGGGGGCGGCCACCCCGACCAAGACUGCGGCAUCCCUGGGUCUGUGCUGGGAAGCCAAGCGGUAGGGAUGGCGGGCGAUGUUAUUUAUUUCACUCGGAUUCCAAUUUGGGUGGCCUGGGGUACCGGCGGCCGACGAGUUUGUGAGUGGGUUGUACAGCGAGGGCGGGGAUGCCCUUGCGUCAAGGGGAGGGGAGGGUGGUCGAGGGCAGAGCAUCCCGCUCCUUCUCCCGUGGGUUCGGCUGACGACUUCUUCCAUUCCUCAGUGAGAGACUUCAGGGACCUUCUGGUCAUUUGAGUGUGUCCGGGAAGUUUUAGGGACUGCGCGUGGCUAAGGGGAAGCCUUAGGGUUUCCAGAGGACGAUGUUCCUCCCUACCCGGGGGGACAGACAUGCAGCUAGGAGAGCUUUUAUUCUGUCUACUGUGGAUAUUUAUUUCCAUCUCUUGUGUGGCCUGAAGAAUCUGGGAGGAGAAAACGGCAGAAACCAAAUUUGUGGCCCCAGGCUGGUGGGUUGCAGCAGGUGUUUGCAGGGUCCUGAGGGAGUUUGAAGCCUUAUUCUGGGGAGAGUCACCCACUCUCCCCACCCCACUGGAGCACCCGGAUCAGCCAGGCACUCGUGUUGCCGGGUGGGUUUCGGUCUCAGCCUCCUCUUCGAGCCCUUCGGUACUCUCACCCCCGACAGCCAGAGGCGGCACACUCAGAGAUCCUUGGGGGCCUCCUGCCCGCUGCUGAGCCAAGGCCCCAGCCUUCAGCUGCCUGGGCUGUCCCCUCCCCUGGGGCAGGUGGACACACAAGGCCCUGCCCUCUGAGCCCAGUGCCUCCUUAGAUUUAAUAACCAACUGUAAAGCAACAGGUCGGCAGCAGGAUCGUUUCUCACAACCCUACGGGCUUGGGGCCCUGUGAUGUCUGCAGGUCCCUUUAACUCUGCUUCUGUCACUAUUCUGUACUAGAAGCAAGUAGUGUUUCCGUUUAGAAUCCCGUUUCACAGGAUGGACAGUCUGCACAGUGGCAGUCCACCUCUGGGGGUGCGGGCUUGAGCCUGUGGCUCAGUGACAAGCCAGGCACCCAGCUAUGCAAGGCCCGCACCUGGUGGGCACCCCACCCUCCGGGUUGGGCCAUUGGGAGCCACUGGGCAGGCAGCUGAAGUGUGGCUCACGUGAGAGCCCUCUCUUCCCUCAUGCCUUUUGGGCCAAUGUGCGUGGGGCCAGAAAACAGACUUUGAAACAACUGCAUUCCCUUUUAGACCUAGUUCCUUCUGUUUUAGUGUAGGCAUGGCCUUGGGGCCUGAGAGCCAGCCGCCGGGCUCUCCAGCGCUGGGGGCGGGGUAGGAAGGGCAGUAGUUGGUGGGUGGGGCGGGGGCGUGGACGGUGGUGGUAAGAAUUCGCCUGGCUGGAUGAGGUGACGGGGUGGGGUGGGCGACGAGGAGGACAGGGGUCCCGGGAGGCGUCCGCAGUGCUGGGCGAUGCCUUCCUGCCCUCAGUUUCUUUCCUCUCCCUGUGGGCCGGAACGUCGGGGGCCAAGGGCAAGGCGGACUAGCCCUGCACGGCUCCUCCCUCCGUGCACACCCCUCAGAGUACGACCUGACCUUCGGUGCCCCUCCUGGGCCCCAGCUGCUGCUGCCUGGCCGCGGAGCCAUCGGCAGGAGGACCUAGCUUUAAUAAAGAGUGGAGAAAUGAGCUUUCUGACUGCAUUCCGUGUUGUUGCCGCUCGGCUCCUCCGUGCCCUCAGGGAGGCUCUCUGUGAGGGCUCAGGCCUUGUUUUUGCAAAAAAGAAAAAGAAGAAAAAAGGGGUUUUUUUGUUUGUUUUUUUUUUAAGGAGUUUCUCCUUUCAGAAACUAAAAUUGGCCUCCGAGGAUUCAGCCCACGAUGAGCUUUGGCCUGCUGCCUGUGUCCACCACGUCUCUCUGGGAGCCCCCCGCCACACUGCCACAUGCUUUUUGUAAUACACCCAUCCUGGAACCUUACUGUGUUUGGGAUUGUUUGCUCCAGCUUUCCCGUGGUCAAAGGAGAGGGGCCAGGUCCCCUUCCUGGGGGUUCAGACACCUGCCGAGUCCCAGACAUUUCCUCAGAGGCCCCAGCGCUUCGUGGGCUUAUCCGGGCUUACCUGCUCUGUGCCGGGGAGAAGCGCACAUCCCAGGACCCCAAACACCUUCCUUUGAGCUGAUUUACUAUCUGCUCACCACAUGAUGUCCCCCCCCCCCCAACCAGAUCUGACCUCCCACCCUUUCCCCAAGCAUUUGGAAAAUACAAACUACGAAGUAAAUUCUCUUUCAAAUGUGAUUUCGAAGCAUCAGAACCGAGCCCAAUAUUUCAGUUAAAAAAAAAAAAAGACAGGCUUUGAGAGGCAAAUGGAGGUUAAGACCUAGUUAAAAAUUGAUAGCCUUGAGGAUCUUGAAGUCUAUUCAGAAAGAGUAAAUUAUUCCCUGAUAGGGCUUACAGACGUCCAGCCAAAUUCUUUUUUAUUUGGGGGAUGGGGGGGGGGGGCAAUCCUGAUGGUCAUAGAAAAAAAAAAAAAGCCCUUCUGGUGUUGAGAGGACUUAUGAAUUUCUGGAGUCCCUAAUCAAUUCCCCAAGUAUCAGUUUAUCAGCUUCGAUCAUUGCCAAGGAGUGGAAGCCCCCGUGAGAUGUGACCCAUGAAAGGAGGUACUCUGAGAGUUUUGAGGCUCUGAGCAUCCCUCUGGCCUCCACCCACCUUUGUCAUUUUCCUGUUUGUCUACUGCUUGUAUUUCCCCAACCUCCUCCCUGUCUCCUGACCCUUACACUUGAUCUCUUCAGACACUUCCUUCUAACUUUUUUUCUUUCUCUAAUUGGCUACAUAUGGAAUAAAGUAUUUUGAGAUUUUUGGUUAUAUUUAUUAAAUAAAGCUUUAUGAUCCUUGU